AUGGCACCUCCGCUGAUCACUUCGUCCGUCGACAGUGAUGGCCUGUCGGCCACCAACUCAACUCCUGCUGAGGAAAAGACUGCCAUCACUGUGCUUGGCAAAGAGGGAGAGAUCAAGACAGUUGCGGACCAUCUCGACCAUGAGAGUGACGAAGAUCCUGACGCUGUGAUCAUCACCGGAGCAGACGCAGCUGUGCACUUGCUGCCGCUGCGUGACGACUUUGACAGUGCCCUGACUUUUCGCAGUGUUGUGUUGGCUUCGGGUCUGGCUUGCUUCCAGGCCGUCAUGUACCAAAUUUACAUUUUCAAACCGACCACCAUCACCAUCCAAGGAACCUUUAUAGUCCUCAUCUCUUACUUCGUCGGCAAUGCUUGGGCUCGUUUCCUCCCUCGUGGUGAUACCUCUGAGAUCCGGUGGAGAGAGCGAGGUGGCCAGGGCAAGCUUCCGCUCGGGAUUCGGCUCGUCAAAUUCCUCAAUCCAGGGCCAUUCGGUCUUAAGGAGCACGCAAUUUGUUCUAUCACUGCCACUUCGGCCUCGAAUGCUGCCGCCAGCACCCAGGUCUUUGCGGCCCAGGACCUCUUCUACAACCUUCCGUUGAGUGCAACCACUGUCAUCUUAAGCACCAUCUCAAUUGGUCUAUUUGGCUAUGGGCUCUGUGGUAUCAUGCGUCCCAUUGCAGUCUGGCACCCCGAGGCUGUCUACUGGAGUACUCUACCGGUGGUCAAAACCUUGCAAGGGCUCCACUGGCAGCAAGUGAAAAAUUCCAAGCCCCUCCGUUGGUUCUGGUACGCCUUCAGCGGCAUGGCAUUAUAUGAGAUCAUCCCUGCAUAUAUUUUCCCAUGGCUGAACUCUGUCUCGAUCCCGUGCUUGGCUGCUCAGAAAGCCACUGGCAAUACGGCCUCCAUCCUGACCAAUCUCUUUGGUGGAGCGACUAACAAUGAGGGCCUGGGCUUAUUCUCACUCAGCUUUGACUGGCAAUAUAUCACAUCCUUCCAAACCUCACUCCCCCUCAAACUACAGGCUCACCAAGCGGCAGGGUUUCUCGUCUGCUUCGUUAUUAUGCUUGGAAUCUAUUACGGCAACGGUUGGGAUUCAAGGUCACUUCCCUUCAUGUCGACACGCCUUCUCCAGGCAAAUGGAACAGCCUAUCCCGUUUCCACGAUUUUCCCCGGAGGUGUGCUGGAUGAAUCCGCCCUAGAAGUCUACGGCCUCCCUAAACUCACGGGUACAUUUGCUUUUUCCAUGUUUAUGGCCAAUGCUGCAAUUGGUGCUUUGGUUGCACAUACCGUCCUCUUUUGGGGACGAGAUAUUUGGCGAACCUACAAGAGUGCACGAGAGGGUAAAUAUGAUGAUCGCCACCACGUGCACAUGGCCAAGCACUACAAAGAGACUCCUUGGUGGUGGUAUGCCUUCGUGCUCCUCUUUAGCUUCAUUCUGGGCCUGGUCGUGGUUCUCAAAGAGAAUGUCACUCUUCCUGCCUGGGCAUAUGUCGUCUCGCUCAUCGUUGGAAUUAUAUUUUCGCCAUUUAGUACGAUCCUCUAUUCCAAGUACGGUAACGGAAUCGCUACCAACAAUUUGUCCAAGAUGUUGGCUGGCCUUAUGAUUCCGGGCCGCCCGGUUGGGAAUAUGUACUUUGCUGCGUGGUCGCACAAUGUGAUUUCGAAUGCUGUGACUUUGUCCAACGACUUGAAGAUGGGCGAAUACCUCAAAAUUCCACCCCGUGUCAUGUUCUUGACCCAGAUCUACGGCACCGUCCUCGGUGGAUUCAUCAACUACGCUAUCAUGAUCUCGGUUGUGAGUGGUAACCGAGAUCUUCUUGUCAACGGCAACGGAGAUUCCUCUUGGAGCGGUGCAACAAUGCAAUCGUACAACACCAAUGCGACCUCGUGGGCGCUGGCAGCUUACCUGUAUAAGGCGGGCAAGCAAUACAGCAUUGUGCCGGCCGGAUUGGCAAUUGGCGCUGCUGUGGUCGCCCUUCACAAGGUUAUUCAUAAGAUCGUCCCACGGAUCGGCAAAUUUGACGUCUCCGAGAUCAACAUGCCGCAGUUCAUUCAGUAUGCAGGCUAUAUCCCUUACAACCAGAGCCAGACUUGCAUCCUCUUCAGUUGGGUCAUUGCGGGCUUUUAUGUCCAGUACUACCUCAGAAACUUCAAACCCCGAAUUUUCAAGGACUACUCAUAUCUGAUUACCGGCGCCUUCGAUGGAGCAAGCUUGACGAUUGUCUUUAUCCUGUCAUUCGCCGUGUUCGGAGCCGGAGGGUCAGCGCAUAGCUUCCCGACAUGGUGGGGAAACAAUGUCAAUGGUUAUUAUGACUGGUGUCCGGUCUCGGACUAA